AUGGGCUCGAUCGUUCUCGAGUUCCCCGGCACGAUUGGAUACCGGAGCGUUCCCGGCGGCAUCCACAUCGAGCGAGAGAUCUCAGGGACACUGAGAACUUUGGGGGAGCAUCCGAUUCGACCACUGAGCUUCCUGAUCGGUUUGAUUCGUAUGGCCGCCGGCUUUUGGAAUAUCGAGUUUAAUGGCCAGGGUAAUUCUUCAAUGCAAUACGCGGAACAUGGAAGGUAA